GGGUUGGGAAUCGGGAUCGGUAUUGAGAGAAGAGGAGGAGGAAGGGGUGAAGGAGGGAAUUGAGGCUGCUCGGCGUCGGGAGCAGGAAAAGGAGAUAGUGGAAGAAGGGACGGGCGAUAUAUCUAGUCGGUGGAGAGGAGGAGCGGGACGGGAGAGGCCGGAGGAAGGACUCCAUGAAAAAUGACCGAAGAAGUUAUUGUAAUAGCAAAGUGGGAUUACACAGCACAGCAGGAUCAAGAACUUGACAUCAAGAAAAAUGAGCGAUUGUGGCUGCUUGAUGACUCUAAAACUUGGUGGAGAGUAAGAAACACAUCAAACAAAACUGGAUAUGUUCCAUCAAACUAUGUAGAAAGGAAAAACAGCUUAAAGAAAGGGUCACUUGUAAAGAACAUCAAAGAUACAUUAGGUCUGGGUAAAACAAAAAGGAAAACCUGUGCAAGAGAUGCUUCCCCUACACCAAGUACAGAUGCAGAAUUCUCAUCAAAUGGUGGAAGUUCUGACCGUAUAUACGACUUAAAUAUUCCAGCAUAUGUUAAAUUUGCAUACGUGGCAGAGAGAGAUGAUGAGCUGUCUCUUGUGAAGGGGUCACGUGUUACUGUUAUGGAAAAAUGUAGUGAUGGUUGGUGGAGAGGCGGCUACAAUGGACAGGUUGGUUGGUUUCCAUCUAAUUAUGUGGUGGAAGAAGUUGACGAAGCAACUGCAGAUUCACCUAGCUUCUUCAAUUCCAGACUUGGAGCAGCAGUGAGUAAUGGGCAAACUACAAAAAUCCUCCAUAUUGUGCAGACUCUUUACCCAUUCAGCUCUGUCACAGAGGAAGAACUAAAUUUUGAAAAGGGAGAAAUUAUGGAUGUCAUUGAGAAACCAGAGAAUGAUCCAGAAUGGUGGAAGUGUCAAAAUUCUAAAGGGCAAAUUGGCCUUGUUCCGAAAAACUAUGUAGUUAUCUUAAAUGACGGACCUGCUGUGAGCAGUUCACAUGCACCUCAAAUAAGCUAUACUGGCCCAUCUUCAACAGGAAAGUUUGCUGGAAAAGGGUGGUACUAUGGUAGUGUAACAAGACACCAGGCUGAAAUGGUUCUCAAUGAAAGAGGAAUUGAUGGUGACUUUCUUGUCCGAGAUAGUGAAUCAUCGCCUAGUGACCUCUCAAUAUCACUGAAAGCAUCAGGGAAGAACAAACAUUUCAAGGUUCAACUAGUAGAUGGAGUGUACUGUAUUGGGCAACGUCGAUUUAACACCAUGGAUGAAUUGGUAGAACACUACAAAAAGGCACCUAUCUUCACAAGUGAACAUGGAGAGAAGUUGUAUUUAAUCAAACCCUUGCAGUGAUGCAGGCUAUAGACCUGGAAAUGACCAGGUUUGAUGAGGAGAAAAGCCUUAGAUCUGAACAAUAAUGCAGAGCAAAAAUGUUAAGGGAACCUGAUAAUUUCUUCAUUCUCUACAGAUUUGUUGCUCUGUUGUGUGUCUUUAAUUAUUUUUCCCCUUUAUAUUUUGUCUUGUUAUUUUUGUUCUUUUGCCUGUCUGUCUUUUAUUACAUUUGCAUUGCCUUCUGAAGAUUAGGUUGAACCUUUUUCUCAGUGAUCACUUUAGCACUUGCUUGGGCUAGAACUUCCCCGAUGUACAUUUAAUUAGCUAGAAGUUAUGGAUGAUUGGGGGAUUUUGUCCUUGAAAAUGCAGUGUUAAUUAUUCCAGUUAAAAUACUCACUAAUUAUUUUCCUUUUGACAAAGACAUUGGGCACAGUUUAAAUGCACUGAAGCUACAGCUAAUUAAGAGAAAAGUAGAUAUAACAAAUGUGGCAGUAAGAGUUUUGCUUACCAAGUAGUUGAGGAGAUUUCCUAGAAUCUAGAAGUACUCUAAACUGUAUUCUGAUAUAUAAACUUUUUUAAAUUUUAUGCAAAGAGUACACUAAUGGAACUGCUAACACUUAAUUUAGUAGACUGCCAUGAUAAAAUUGUAGAAAUAACAGUAUAGCAAAUUUUGAUCUGUAAUUUGCAGCUAAUGGAGAAUACACACUUUUUGGAUCAAUGGAAAUCAGGUGUCCGUAAUGUGAGGUUGAAUGUUUGGCAAUGUUACCUGUGCAGACAGCUCUGACACUCUCAUGCUUGUUUCUUGCGCCCUUAUGCUUGUUUCAAGUAAACAAUAAAUAUUUAAUUCUCACCAUAAUAUGUAGCAGGUCAUUGACACUAAUAAUUGAGGUUAAUAAAACUGAUAAUUUUGGGGUUACUGGCA